CGCUGGCGGCUAGGCCGGGGCCGAGCGCGCGGCCGGCCAUGGAGGUGGAGGAGGCGUUCCAGGCGGUGGGCGAGAUGGGCAUCUACCAGAUGUACCUGUGCUUCCUGCUGGCGGUGUUGCUGCAGCUCUACGUGGCCACGGAGGCCAUCCUCAUUGCGCUGGUCGGGGCCACACCGUCGUACCACUGGGACCUGGCGGAGCUCCUGCCGAAUCAGAGCCACAGCAACCGGUCGGCUGGUGAGGACCAGGCGCUCGGGGCCUGGCUCCUGACGGCCAACGGCAGCGAGAUGCACAAGCACGUGCACUUCAGCAGCAGCUUCACCUCCAUCGCCUCCGAGUGGUUUUUAAUUGCCAACAGAUCUUACAAAGUGAGUGCAGCAAGCUCUUUUUUCUUCAGUGGUGUGUUUGUGGGAGUUAUCUCUUUUGGUCAGCUCUCAGAUCGGUUCGGAAGGAAAAAAAUCUAUCUCACAGGUUUUGCUCUUGACAUCUUAUUUGCUAUCGCAAAUGGGUUUUCCCCCUCGUAUGAGUUCUUUGCAAUAACUCGCUUCCUGGUGGGCGUGAUGAAUGGAGGGAUGUCGCUGGUGGCCUUUGUCCUGCUGAACGAAUGUGUGGGCACCGCCUACUGGGCACUCGCAGGGUCGAUCGGUGGCCUCUUCUUCGCAGUCGGCAUCGCCCAGUAUGCCCUGUUGGGAUACUUCAUCCGCUCCUGGAGAACCCUAGCCAUUCUGGUUAACCUGCAGGGAACAGUGGUCUUUCUCUUAUCUUUAUUCAUUCCUGAAUCACCUCGUUGGUUAUACUCCCAGGGUCGACUACGUGAGGCUGAAGCUGCCCUGCACCUCAUCGCCAAGAGGAACCGCCAGCUCAAGUGUACCUUCUCACUAACACACCCGGCCAACAGGAGCUGCAAGGAGACGGGAAGUUUCCUGGACCUGUUCCGCUACCGGGUCCUCUUGGGGCAUACUCUGACCCUGAUGUUCAUCUGGUUUGUGUGCAGCUUGGUGUAUUAUGGCCUAACUCUGAGUGCAGGUGAUCUAGGUGGAAAUAUUUAUGCCAACUUGGCCCUGUCUGGCCUCAUAGAGAUUCCAUCUUACCCUAUCUGCAUCUACUUGAUUAACCAAAAAUGGUUUGGUCGGAAGCGGACAUUAGCAGCAUUUCUGUGCCUAGGAGGACUGGCUUGUCUUAUUGUCAUGUUUCUUCCAGAAAAGAAAGACACAGGUGUGUUCGCAGUGGUGAACAGCCAUUCCUUGUCCCUGCUGGGGAAGCUGACCAUCAGCGCUGCCUUCAAUGUCGUGUAUAUCUACACCUCAGAGCUGUACCCCACGGUCAUCAGGAAUGUUGGGCUUGGAACUUGUUCCAUGUUCUCCCGAGUUGGUGGGAUUAUUGCUCCCUUCAUCCCCUCACUGGAAAAGAUGAUCAGAAGGGACAUCCUAACUAGCCGCCGAAUUUGGAAGCCCAAACCGGAAGGUGAUAAAGCUGGGUGGCUCCUGUGCAGGAACUCAGGAAUGAAGUACGUGCAGUGGUCUUUACCCUUCAUUGUCUUUGGAGCCACGGGGCUGACCUCAGGCCUCCUGAGUUUAUUAUUGCCAGAAACCCUUAACAGUCCAUUGCUAGAGACGUUUUCUGACCUUCAGGUGUACUCAUAUCGGAGGCUGGGGGAGGAGACGUUAUCUUUACAGACCUUGGAUCCCCCUCAGUCUGUGGACAAGGAGAGCCCUUUAGGGAGUGAGAGUGAGGAAGAGGAAGAGUUUUAUGAUGCGGAUGAAGAGACACAGAUGAUCAAGUGACGUGCCCCAGAUUCCUCCUCAGACGCAGAGGGUCAUCUUCUCUGCCUCCAACGAGGGCAGGUUCUCCCAGGAAACUGAAGGGAGCUGUGGAAAGAUAGGCUUGAACAAACAUCGAAGGUACUCAGUGUGGCCUGAUGUUUUUUAGGCACCAAGGAAGUUGGAGAAGAGAUUUCAAGAAACAGGAUAUCACUGCAUCAAGUGAAUUGUUGUUAACUGCCCACAAUUCGGGUUUAGCUCAAAAUCAUGACCUCUGGCCAGAUUGCUGAAGUCCACAUGCCAGAGUGGUAAGCUCAUUUGUUUCUAGAAGUUUGAUUACGUUGCCUUUCAACUUCAUUGUGACCUAAAGGCAAAUAUGUAAAAUUUCUUCUCACCAUUAACACGUAAUCUGUCCACCAAAUUUGACAUCUGCCCCUCUCAGUUGCUCCUCACCAGGAAUCUUUUGAGGCAGGUUGGUGUUAGCAUUUCAUUCAUUUUUUGUGCCAGAAGAAAAGCACUGAGAGGUCAUUUGUGUGGCCUGAGGCCCUCCACCUUCAUCCCAACGGAUGAAAUUUGGGCCCCCAGCUUGGUUCCUGGCCCAGUGAUUGGCUUGAGCUCCCUGUCCUGUGCUUUCAGUCAGUCCCACAGAUGACCCGCUAGGAAAAGCCAGCUGUACCAGAGUAAUGUUCAGAGUCUGAGGUGUGGCUGCCUCUCCCUGGCAGCUCCCUUUGAUACUCGAAUUGUGUAAUUUCUUCAGUUCCCACUUGUGUGCGCCUGGAGAAAAAUUUCCAUCUCAGAUUCUAGUACCAGCAAUAACUUCCAAACCAUGCCCAGUAAAUGACGAAGUUUUAUAAAGGGGGAGGGCAGUUAAAAAGUGACAUGUCAAGAUUUUGGAUGUUUAAAAGGAAAAAAAAAAAAAAAAGUGGAUGUUAAAAAGAAAAAAAAAAGUGCUGUUUUUAAUAAGGAAGAAAAGAAAAUUACCUUUCACAAUUUUCUGUUUGUUUUGUUUUCAGUGUUGUGCAAGGAGGGACUUGGGCUACAUUUAAGAACUUGAACUCUUCUAGUCCUAGAUCAGCUCCAGCCUGUUUGGUUAGCUAGAAUGGAAGGCACAGUAAUUUCCUAGUAAAUGUUGGUUUUCAUUAAGUACUGCCAGCUUUCAAAUAAAUCAAAGUCGUACUCAGUUUCCUAAAAUCAUGUGCUGAAAGUGUUUCCCAUGAAACCUGAGUAUUAUCUCAAAUAGGAGUGUUAACCUGGAGUCAACAAGCUUGGACAGUGUUGCUUUAGGUCACUUUCCCAACUGGGAAAAUUUCUGUGUUUUCAGAAUUUCCAUUUCUAUUAAUCCCUUGGAGAAAAAGAAAUUUCACUGGAGAUAAAGAGAAGUCAUCACUGAGUCUGUUUCUGGAAAUCUUGGAGGACUCACCUCGCAUUGGCUCCAGCCCUCUCCUGUCCUCUUCCAUUGACCUCUUGGUUUGCACUAUACCAGCUUGUACCUUUGUUAAAGUAUUUUUAUGUCCUUCAUGCCCUUGAUUAUGUAUUGGGCUCUUUAUAAAUAGGGGCCAUCUCUACUACUGUUUAUUUCUCGCUGCUGUGCCCAGAACACAGUAAGUAUUACUGUUUCUAGCCAUCAGAGAAAUUGUAGAACUCCUCCCAGUAUCAUUUUUGUAAAUCACAGGCAAAUCUGACCAAAACCCCCAAAUUGUGGAAUCUCGCUGUCUUUCUCUGGGAAAUGGAGACCCUGCCCACCAUCAAGAGAGGAAGAAAGGAAGAACUUACAAGGACACUUAGAAGCUCUUCGUCUUGAAGUUAAACGUAAAACAAGAAACUAACACAUAGGUGAUUCUUGGUUGGUUGGAGCCCUCUUUGCAUUAUAAGAGUAAUAAUCCCAUUAUAAAAACAUGUGGAAACUAGAAGUUUAAAAAUGUAUUACUCAUAGGCCCAACACCCAGAGACAACCAGUGUCAUGGCUUUGUUCUCUUUGAAGACCAACUGGGAAUCCAUCUUUCUAUUGGCACUGGGGAUCCCUCUGCCUCUGGCUAGAUAAUUGAGGAUUCCAAUAGUUCCACCCCUGUGUAUUCUCUUUUCCCAGCUCCAGAGUAGAAGAAGGGAGGGAAGGGUACACAGUUUGAACACAUGUUGCUAAGGCCGGGCUAUCAGCUGCUCACGUCAGAUGUGUCACUAAAUUUUGUUUCUUUCUAGAUGGUCUUUUGGCAAAGUUUAAUAAUUACUGUUUUGGGGACUUCCCUGGUGGCACAGUGGUUAAGAAUCCACCUGCCAAUGCAGGGGACAUGGGUUUGAGCCCUCGUCCAGGAAGAUCCCACAUGCCACGGAGCAACUAAGCCCAUGCGCCACAACUACUGAGCCUGCGCUCUAGAGUCCGUGAGCCACAACUACUGAGCCCGCGUGCCACAACUCCUGAAGCCCGUGUGCCUAGAGCCCAUGCUCAGCAACAAGAGAAGCCACCGCAAUGAGAAGCCCGUGCACCACAACGAGGAGUAGCCCCUGCUCGCCGCAACUAGAGAAAGCCUGCGUGCAGCAACAAAAACCCAAUGCAGCCAAAAAUAAAUAAAUUAAUUUAAAAAAAUAAUAAUUACUGUUUUUUCAUCCCUUUGCCUUUUAUAAAAACAGAUUUUUUCCUUUUGCUAUUAACUGUUGAAAAAUAGUGAUUGUAGAGAUGGUGCACAUGAGCAUAUUUGUAUUGAUUAAAUUAUUGGAAAACUCUUAAUUUAUAGGUAACAUAUUUUGUCUGUUCAGGUGAUUUGUAAAAGGUAUCCUUUUAAAUUUUUUAUUGCAUUCAAAAUUAAAUUUCUUUUCUCCUAAAAAGCAGCAAGAAAACCAUAAGACACAUAAGAAAUCCCAGGGCUUCCAGGGUCAAAGGUCUUAUCAACAGCUUGUCCAGAACCCUGGCACCACACGGAUAUGUUGAAAGAAACUGUUUUGUAGUUUCCUGAUUGUUGAGUUAAAACCACUGCCCAUUGAAAAUGCAGUAUUUGUCAUUUGGCUGAUUUCAAGCAAUGUAGACAUUCUUUAGUACUUAAAAA